AUGUACUUGCUGUACAGCUCGGAAGCACGACAUGCAUUAUCCAUUAAAUCCCACGAAAGCGAAUGCGACGAAUCUGAACACAGGAAGGGACUGUAUGGGCUCGCUCGGAGGAGAGGAACAUAUGCACACUACACCGGACCGAACCGGUGCUUCGGAGCCCGUCUGUGUCCCGAAGCCCGCACUCCGGAGAACUCGCAAGGCUCGUUGCGGGCAAAUGCAGCAUCGCAUUCUGGGACGUCGUUAACACCGGUGCGGAACGAUGACAGGGACCAAGUCCAAAAGCGACCCUUGCUCGACGCCGACCACAUUCAAUAA